GCAAGCACCUCCGGCAUCCGCAUGCGCGUAGAACGCGAAGAAGAAAACUUGAAGAAACGAAAAUGAUUGGUUGACAUUUUCGAAAGCGGUGUUACUUUUAACCAGGUUUAUUUUCCUCUGUUUGUCCCGUUUUUGGUUGCGGCUUUAUAAAUAAUACGUGGCAGUGGUGAACUUGCCGAAAAGCGUAAUGUUUAGGGAGUUCGCCUUAAGACGUCAGCAUGUUAGCUACUAGCCGAGGGUCUCUCCUCCACUCUGCAGUAAACUUUAACCGCUGGCGGACAAAAUGUCUGUUCAACGAGCUCUGGUGGACUGUACCGUGCUGUCUCUACAAGAUCCCUGCGUGUUUUAUCCAUGCUGUAAAAACUGCUUUUGCAGAAUGGACGUGGAGUCGCGCGACACGACGAGAUCCAGUUGUUCCAGGUGUGCCUACAGCUGUGUGAGAGAUCAGCUGGAGUACAGAUAUCGUCUUUCACUAUUGGUGACCAGGGACACCAGUAUAUUUGGAGUCACGGUGUUUGGCAGCUGCCUGAACCCAUUCUUUGGCAUUCCCGCAACUCAAUUUCAAAGGGUAUUGGAGAAGUCGGAUGGACCAUUUGAAGCAUCAACCAGAUCCAAAGUGUUGGCGAGGGCCGUCGAGGACUGUUUUGUUAGCAGAAAUCUUGUUUUUGGAAUAAAGGUGACAGAUUCAAAAAGUUGCCCAUGGUCAAAAGAUCAUAAUCCAGAUGCCUUUGAUCACAAGGACAUGGCACAGUUUACUGCCACCCAGCUGAUUUUCCCUAAAGUCGCAGGCCUGGAAGGCCACUCUGUCCUUAGGUACUAUCGACUCCUUCGGAGAGCAGAAGAACAUCAGCGAGAGUCUGUUGAUCCAAACAAGUCCUGCGGGAUCCUGACAACACCGCGACUACAGAUUCCUCAAGAUUCUGCUGUCGGCAGCUUCAAUAACAUCACUCUGUCCCGUCUUUUUUCCCACGCCCUGCAAAGGUCGCAGCACCACGAUGGCAGCUUAACUCCCACGCCGCCAUGGCAACAAUCACUGGGACUUGUUACUUCAUCUGCCGAGCAGGAAGAAGAAGAGGAAGACUGCUGCACAUGCGAUGACAACCAAUCAACUGGCAAAGAAAAAGGACGGAGCACUUUUUUUGACACCCCGCCAUUUUCUCUAUGCUGGCCUGCCGAAAAUGCCAACUCCUCCAUUUUGAACCAUGUGACGCCCUCCAAGCCUUCACGUGUGAAUUAUCCACUGGCCUCUGAGAGUCAGGCCUCCAGACAACAGAAUGAUUCACCGGUGACAUGUUCGUUAGUGUGGGAGGAUUUGCCUUUUUCGGAGAGUCUGACAGCGUUUUUGAAUGAGGAAGACAAAUAUUUCUCCAUGAUAAGAGACAAAAACUUGCCCAAUGAAUCCAUUUCUACUUGUAGCAAUAACACAAAGGCGCCAGGAAGUAAAUUCCGGAUUUCAGCGGACGUCGCUAACACUCGUGUUCUGAAUGAAGACAGUGAAGAAAUCUACAAUUGUUCUCUGGACCUGUUUGGUUUAAGCUCAGUGGAUCCACGCGAGGAAGACGUGCAGCCUCCGAGACAUCAAAAGUUUGUCAAAGGAGCCACUGUUCAUAACACACCUUCUCGAGGCAUGACAACCCACCGGGAUUAUCCGCAAUGUCUCGACUUUAUCCCAUCAUCUCAGUCUACUCCCAUUGUUAGAAUGCGUCCUUCCUCCUCUUCCUCAUAUCCUUUGUCAUCCACUAGACAUAAAAACUUUUCAAAAAGACGAUCCAGGAAGCACAGCCUUGCGAUCCUGGGAGGGAUUUUGAACAGGAAGCUGGUAAGUGAAUGUGACGCGCCUCAGAGCCAAUCAGAGGGACACUUUGUCAUUGUCCUGCCCACUCCUGCUGAACUCAAAGUGGAAAAUGGUAGCUCUCAGGAAAAUCCGCCAUCAGAUCCAGCGCAACCAAAGCACCGUGAUGCAGCAGUAUGUGAUAGAAACACACAGUUGGAUCACACAGUCAAUGAGAUGGCAGCUCAUGCUUCCUUGUUUAAGGACCAAACAUAUGAUUGGUCCAGAGAUCUCUUCUCGGACUCCGUCUGAAAACUUCUGUCCACUCUUCCUUUUAUUUAAAUGGUGGAGCUGACCAAUUACAAGUAAAUAAAAUUUGGUAAUUUCCCACGGCACAGUAAUUUGCCCCGGGCAUACUGAUAGGGAAUCACUGCUAGAGAAAACGGAUGGAUGUCUUUAUUUAUAUGCACACUGCACUUUUUGUUCUAUAAAGCAUAGACAUGUUUUUUUAAGGUAGUGAAACUGCUCACUCUGUGUGUGUGUGUGUGUGUGAGAGAGAGAGAGACAGAGAGAGGAUGAUGUUCAUUUUGCCUCUACUUGUAAAACUGUCCCACAGCAGUUUCUUUUCAGCGGGUUUCGCAACCUGUAUGAUUGUAAUUUAACAGAAGAGAUUAAAUAAAUGUCUGAAACCACACAGGCGUCUUACUUGUUGGUGCUUUUAGUGUUUUAAAUUGAAAUGACCACCGUCAUGUACAAACCCAAUUCCAAUGACUUUAAGAUGUUGUGUUAAACAUAAAUAAAAACAGAAUACAAUGAUUUGCAAAUCAUGAUCCACCUAUAUUUAAUCGAAUACACUACGAAGACAA